AACUUCUUCGCAGUUGACGUCUGUCUACAGUACUCGGAGGCUUAAGACCGUGUGAUUUAGCGGAUAAAUCACAACCUUUAGUCUCCUUUAUUAACACUUUGUUCAAUAUAAACUUGUAAGCGAAACGAUUCUCUUUUUUUUUUUUUUAUUUUAUUUUAUUUAAUUUAAAAAACACUUGACGUUUGUAAACAGCUGAACGGCUCCGGGUUGUUUUUGCGGGCACACGGAACACACAGAACACACAGAACACACGCAGACACAGAGCAGGAAGUGUGGUGCGGAAGCGACUGCGCAGUAGAAAUGCAAGACACAGGUAGCCGUGAACAAAUCGCGCUCACUCUCAUCGUUAAAAGCCCGACCGGAAUCUGCGAGGAUCAGACCGUCGGUGGGGUUUCCUCGAGCUGGACCGUGAAGGAGCUGAAGAGCCACCUGUCCCGGGUGUACCCGAGCCGGCCCGCUGAGAAGGAGCAGAGGCUCAUCUACUGCGGGAAGCUUCUGCAGGAUCCCCAAGUCCUCAGCGACGUGUUCGCAAAGUCAAACACCACACCCACCCUUCACUUGGUGUGUGCUUUUAAACCGCAGCCUGGAGGUCAGCAGGGGACCGUGCCCAGGGUGACAGCAGGUAACGAUCACACAGCGGGCCCCUCCCCAUCAGUAACUGGAUGCACACCUAGAGGUGUCGUGGAGACUCCCACCGUGCUCCCAGGGGACAGGCUCAGGAACAGACGAUGUCCAGCGGACCAGCCCUCAACCCAGGCCACUUCCCCAGGGCUCGAGGCAGCAGUGACUCAUCCGGUGUUCCCAACCUACUCCCUGUACAGUCCCCAGCAGCUGCUGUGGUUGCAGCAGGUAUAUGCCCAGCAGUACUACAUGCACUACCAUGCAGCCCUUGCUGCUGCUGCAUCUGGCAGGACUCCUGUGAGCCCCAGUGCCACUCAGUCCCUGCCUGUUGACACCCAACCUGCUGCUGCCCCUGUGGCCCUUCCUGACCUUCCUGCCAAUCAGGAUGUUGCAGCCCCUCAGUUGGUAAACCCUGGAGGUGACAAUCAGAACUUGCGCAUGAAUGCCCAGGGUGGACCGGUGAUGGAAGAAGAGGAGGAUGUGGAGCGAGAUUGGCUGGACUGGCUGUACACGGCUGCCCGCUUUUCUGUGUUACUGAGCAUCGUGUACUUCUACUCCAGCAUCAGCCGAUUCAUCCUUGUGAUGAGCAGUCUGAUCUUCAUGUACCUGCACACAGCUGGCUGGUUUCCUUUCCGACGUAGGGGGCCUCCAGUCCUGCAUCCACGUGAUGAAGCCCCGGAGGCUGUCCAGAACCCCCAGAACGGAGAACAAGAACAGGUGGAUGUCCCUGCUAGGGAGGCUGAUACAGUGGAGGAGGGGGACAGUGACCAUCCCCCUUCCCAGAUGGCAGAUUUGGCAGAGCCACAGCGAAUCCCCCUAGUCUCAACAGCCUGGGUUUUUUUCAAGGCCUUCUUUGCCUCGUUAGUCCCUGAUGUCCCACAGCCGCUCGUAAACUGAACUUGAGUGGAAUCAAUACACCAGUUUGAGGUAUAACUUCUGAGUGGAGCAGUCAUUGGUGCCACCUCGAGGUGAAAUGGACUGUGAGAUCAUUGACACACAAUAGUCCAACAGUUGCAGCUACAGCUCUUGGGUGAUGACAUCUCAAACAGCUGCAAGUGCUGUAAAUAUGUGAAGGCAGUUGAACUGUAAAUAUUUAUAUACCCAGACUGCUUUUUGUCAUCUGAGGCAUGCUACUCAGUCAGGAUUUAACUGGGUAUUUUUUUUUUUUCCC